AUGAUUAGGAGCGGCAGAAGACCAAUAUCUAGUACUUUGAAUCAUCCAGUUGUACUACAUGUGCUAGGUGAACCUGAACAUCUCAGUCAGGACGAGACAUUGCAGUUUUUGUCCAAAUUUAUAGAAGAGAAGGAGGUGCUGUCUGUUGUAGAUAUAAAAAAUACUUAUAACCAGGGUAUAAUUACUUCUGGUGGUAUUUCUAGCGAUUAUGUACAGGAUAAUACUGUUUCUAGUGCAUUGGCUCAGUUAAAGAGGGUAGAACGAGACUUUAAGGGUCUGCCACCAACUAUUUUGGAGGGUACGGAUGAAGAUCAGUCCGAACAUGACAGUAUCAUCAAGACUCCAGGAGGUGGUAUAAAGCGCAAAUUUAACGACGAGGAAAAUAUUUUGCAUGCAGCUGAAAAUGCAGCUGAAAAUGCAGCUGAAAAUGAAGCAUCCUCGAAUACCGCAUCACCUUCCUCAGCAACUUCCGAAUCCUCAUCCGAGGAUGAAUCCUCUAAUGAUAGCAAUUCUGAACAUUGA